CAACGUCUCUGGUCCUUCUCCUCUUCCCUCAACUCAACUCCAGGUCUGUCCCAGCGCAUCGUUGCCUCCCCUCUUCCCACCGUCAUCUCAAACCUUGGAAAUCGUUGCACCCGAAAUGGAGAGCCACCGGUGAAUACGGGCACGACCACAUUUUGAACAAACGGAGACACCGACUACUACUCUACCUGAUCAGAUUUACGACUCUUAACGGACCGACGGCGAGCGGCUCAACAACAUGACGGUCGCUGGUAUUAGUUUCGACCUAUAUCACCACUUUCGGGCGCGGAGACCGCUUUCGCGCUCGUCCCUGCGCGACUGAAUCGUGGCGACGGCGAUCAACACAUAAAGAGACACAACCACCUGUAGAGCCGCGACACGAGGGUUUGUUUCAACCCAAGAGGCUCUUACAUCUUACUUUUUGGGGAUCUGCAGAACAUACGCAACCGACUUUGUGCUGUCGAGUAUAUCCUGGAACAUUUCGGCACCCUCUUAACACGCAUACAAGCCGUCGUCUCUGGUCGCCAGGCCUCUCGAGAGAAGAUUCCAUUACUCACACGGGAUGGAAUCAGCCCAGCACACGGAGGGCCCGCCGCCAUCCACGAACAGCAGCAGGCCUACACCACGCAACUCUCAACAACAAUCAAGUCUAGGGCCCAAGUCUCUACCCCCUAAGCCACGAAGAAAACCAUCACGUCGGCCAGCAUCAGACCUCAAGAACAGACCUGCGUCAGACGGUUCAUAUGGCGAGCACGAGAGUGACGAGGACGCCGCCCCCCGCAGCCUUAGUACAAAAACCUCGGGCUCAAGACAGCCCGGCUCAAGACCUGUAAAGAAACGACCUUCAGGAUAUAGGGCCCCACCAGCACCAUUGAUGCCUUCGGAAGAUGAGCAUUUAGUAGACCCGGUACCUCUCCGGUCAAGCGCUUCGGCGCGGCGAUCCGCGCCAACGAGAACAUCGCAACUCGGAGAGAAUAUCGGAUACUCGCAGGCAUCAGACACCGAUAACACAAGUAGCUCGUCGUCGUCGUCGUCGUCGUCGUCGUCGCCGAGUUUUCAGCCCUUUAGGCGCCCUGCCGUUCGCAGACGUACAUCCAAAGAUCUUUCCCUGAGAGGGCCGAUACGUGAGAUGCCCGAGGAGGGUGGCGAGCUUCCACCCGGCGGCCCUGACUUCUCUACCCCUUUGCCGGCGCGAACAAAGAACCCGCGCGACAUCCUCAAUGAAGGCGAACGAGGCUUCAUUGUGGACCUGAAAAUCAACCUGCAAGUGGAUAUCCAGAUCAAGGCGAAGCUGAUGGGUGAUUUGACCUUAUCCGUUCUGUAAUGUGUAAUAU